AUGCCGCACAGUCAAUCGGACGGCUCUACAGUCCCCCCCAGCCCCCGGGACAGCGGCGAAUACGGUGCCAACGGUGCCUCCAAAACACACCGCAGAAGUCGCAGUAUCUUUGGGAAGAAUGGUACCACCGAUGUACUAGACAAAAGCGAUUCGGAACUCGCAAUGAGCCAGCGCAAGUGCGAGGACCUGGCCCAGGAGCUCUGGAAGCUCGAGCGCAGGUCUCAACAGAUCGGUCAGCGCCUACUAGAGCAUACCGCGGGUGUCCUGCAGAUGACCCAUAAGGGCAUGAGAAAGGGCCCGAAGAACCUUGAUGCGCCUUCCGACGAAAUUUACGGUGACCACGAAUUCGACGACCGCAGUCUUUACCGCACACCCGAGCAUUUGGAUAAUUAUGGCCUGAAGGGAAGGAUCGAGGUCAAUGCUCCAUCGUCUGGGGUAUCCUCCGAGGCUGCAGAAGCCACCCAGAGGAGACUGGAGGAACUCAGUGAGCGCAUGUGCAACAUGAUGAUCGAAGCUACUCCGGAUGAAUUUGUCGAUCCUCCCCCCCAAGUCCGCGAACCGAUCCCUCGAUCCCACAUCUGCCGCCGAGGCGCACUUGCUGUGGGCGUCUCUGUUUCUAGCGCAGCCCCGGCUCCAGCUCCCGAGAUCGAGGGUGCCUGGAAGCAACAGAUCACCGACGUCAACGAGCGUCUCCAGAACAUUGUUGACCGCUUUGGAUUAACUCGCUCGCCAACACUCCCGCCACCCCCCUCUGCCUACGAGGGUGAAGGGUUAGAGGAACAACUAUCGUACCUCCAAGCUGGUGUCGAUGGUUUGGCAGCCCGAGUGGACGGAGUGCUUGAGCAGAAGAGUAUCCUGACCACGCAGAUCCAACAGCAACGGGAGCUCAACUCGAAAUCCGACGCCGAGCGCGAUGCCCACAUCGGCGACCUGACCGAGCAAUUGGCCCACGCACGACGAGAUGGAAAGUCCGCUCAGGACGAGCUUGAUGUCGUCAUGCAACAGUUGGAGGCCAUGCGCCACGACGGUUCUUCCCAGGACGAAGCCAAGGCCUCCUUGGUCCAGGCUGAAGGCGAAGUCGCACGUCUGCAGAGUGUUGUGGAGUCAUUGCACCGCGAGGCCGAUGCUCGGACAGAGGAAGUGAGGGAAACCCGCGACCGCGCCGAGCAUGAGGCGUCCCAGUCCGAGGCUCAGAUCGAGGAAAUGAGGGAGGCUCGUGAUCGUGCUGAGCGCCAGGUCACACAGCUCGAGGUUGAUAUUCAGCAGAUUCGUAGCGACUCUGACUCCCGCAUGGAAGCAGUUACCUCUCGUGGACUGGAGUCCGAUUCUCGUGUCCAGGAGGCCGAGUCGCGUGCACAGGAAGUUGAAUUACGCUUGCAAGAAACUGCGUCUCGUCUACAGGAAGCCGAGUCUCGCCUGCAAGAGGCUGAGUCCCAUCUUCAGACAGUCAACUCUCGUGGACUGGAGGCUGAUUCUCGUGUGCAAGAAGCCGACUCUCGCGCACAGGAAGCUGACGCUCGCGUACAGGAAGCCGAAUUCCAUCUACAGGAGGCUGCUUCUCGCGCCCAGGAGGCCGAGGCUCGUCUUCAAGAAGCCCUUUCGCACGCCCAGGAGGCCGAGUCUCGUAUUCAAGAAGCUGCUUCCCGCGCCCAGGAGGCUGAGUCUCGUCUACAAGAAGUCGAUUCCCGCGUCCAGGAAGCCGUCGACCAGCGUAUCCAAGCCGAAGAAAACAGUACCCGCCUACAAAAUGAGAUGACCGAAAUGGAGGGCGAGAUUGUGAGAAUCACGACCGAACUUACCAUGGUCAAGGCUGAGCUGGAUGGUGCUUAUGGUACACGGGCGCAGCGUGCAGCAGAAGCGGCCGCCAAUCCUGAAUUCCAGAACGAGAUCGAUGCCCUCAACACCCGCAACAUUGAGCUCACCGAAGAGCUUGCCGCCCUUAAGAGCCAGCGCGGUGGCGGUGAUCUCCAGCAACGAGCUGACACUCUUGAGAGGGAGCUUCGGGAAACCAUUGAUGAUUACGAAGCUAUGACCAAGGCAAGCAUUGAGUUCGAGAAGGAACGGGAACGUUUCGAGGGCGUGAUUGAUAGUCUGAGGGAUCGCAGCGAACAAUUGGAGCAACAGCUGAGCGAGGAACGUAUCAACUGGAUGAACCUCCACAGUCCGACAUCGAUGGGCCGCGAUCCAACCCUCGAGACCACAUCCACUAUGGUGUUAAAGAACGAGUUCAAGAAGAUGAUGCGUGACACUCGCAACGAGAACAUGAAGAUUCUGAAGGUCAGUUUAAUUUCCCACCACAACUUUCUUUCUCAAAGCAAUACUAACAAUGUUUACAGGCGGAACAAGAAGAGCGCCGCAGAAUCGAAGGACUGUUGCGAGCCCUCAAAAAGGAACAUGCACAGGUGA